UGGACAGACACGAACAAAGACAAGACCAACAGAUUGGAACUGGAUUGGAACCGACUGGAACUGGAACUGCAACUGGAGACCUCAAACUGCGAAGCUGUCCACAAACAACGCCUUUACCUUUGCCUUUGCUCCUUCGCGCCUUCCACCAUCCAACAUUAUCCGUCUUCUUCUCAACCAAGCUACCUUCAUUACUCAAUCCUUAACCUCCCUCUUCACCCUCCACAAUGAGCGGCAUCCCAGUUCCCUUCAGCGACAUCGCUAAACCAGCGAACGAUCUCCUCAACAAGGAUUUCUACCAUACCACCGCUGCCAACCUUGAGGUCAAGUCCAAGGCACCAAACGGCGUUGUCUUCAACGUCAAGGGAAAGUCUGCCCAUGAUGGUCCUAUCUCUGGCUCGAUUGAGGGAAAAUACAGCGACAAGGCCACUGGCUUGACCCUGACUCAAACCUGGACCACAUCCAACAGCCUCGACACAAAACUCGAACUCGAAGACAACCUGACCAAGGGUCUCAAGGCCGAAGUCCUGACAAACUACCUGCCCGCAAAGAAGACAUAUGGUGGAAAAUUCAACCUCUUGUACAAACAACCCAACAUCCACACCCGUCUGUUCACCGAUCUGUUCAAGGGUCCCACCGCCACCUUUGACGUGACAUUGGGCCAUGAGGGAUUCCUCAUCGGUGCCGAGGGUGGUUAUGAUGUCGGAAAAGCCGCCAUCACCAAGUACGCUCUUGCCGCUGGCUACUCACAAGGAAGCUAUGCCGCCGCCGUCACUGCCACCAACAAUUUGAGCAUCUUCUCCGCCAGCUACUACCACAAGGUCAACACCGAGGUCGAGGCCGGUGCCAAGGCCAUCUGGGAUUCUGCUGCUGGCUCAAACGUCGGUUUGGAGGUUGCCAGCAAGUACAAGCUUGACCCCAGCUCUUUCGCAAAGGCCAAGAUCAACGACCGUGGUAUCGCCGCCCUUGCCUACAACGUCAAGCUCGGCACUGGCGUCACCCUUGGCCUCGGCGCUUCCCUCGACACCCAGAACCUCAACCAAGCUGCCCACAAGGUGGGUGCCAGCUUCACUUUUGAAGGAUAGAUGGUAUCCGUUCUUUCUUGGCGGGGGCGCGGACAUGAGAGAGGUUGAACUUUCAACUCAAGACCAGCAAUGGUCAUGGCCCUGAUUAAAGCUCCUGUUCCGUUGUCAGCUCUAUUCAUCAAAUUUUCUGCCAAAGAUUCGUUCGAGAUCAGAGAGAUUCUCUACGUACAUAAAAAUUAACUUGGCUUUUUGUCAAGUCAGUCGGGGUAGCCUGUGAAUGAAAUAGGGUUGAAAUGGAUGUUGUGUUGUGUUGUGUUCUCGUGAUUGUGAUCGGCCUUUCUUCGUGCAUCCUCCGGUCUCUGAACGUCUCCUCUCUACGUACAACGGCAAACUAUUUUCAAAAAA